GGGCAGAGAGCCUCCCCUCUCUCCUGCUCUAUAAAAGAGACCCAGGAAAGGGACCCUAGCAGCUCUCAGUGUGCGCGAAGGUGUGGGAAGGCUGAGAUCUCCGCAGCUGGAGCGAGGCAGCUGCAGAGCCAAAGCCAGCAUGUCACCGAACUUCAAACUCCAGGGUCACUUCAUCCUGCUCCUCCUGACAGCCCUAAGGGGAGACAGCCGGUACCUAGAGGUGCAAGAAGCCUUGGACGACGACCCUUUCCUGCUCUUUAGCGCCAAUCUGAAGCGGGACCUGGCUGAGGAGCAGCCGUACCGCCGGGCUCUGCGGUGCCUGGACAUGCUGAGCCUGCCUGGCCAGUUCACCUUCAUCGCCGACCGGCCGCAGCUGCACUGCGCCGCCUUCUUCAUCGGGGAGCCGGAGGAGUUCAUCACCAUCCACUACGACCUAGUUUCCAUCGACUGCCAGGGUGGAGACUUCCUGAAGGUGUUUGAUGGUUGGAUCCUCAAGGGGGAGAAAUUCCCAAGUUCUCAGGAUUACCCUCUGCCCACCACGAAGCGGUACACAGAUUUCUGUGAGAAUGGUCUUACUGGAAGGAGCAUCAGAUCGUCCCAGAACGUGGCCAUGGUCUUCUUCCGGGUCCAUGAGCCAGGAAAUGGAUUCACAUUAACCGUAAAGACAGAUCCCAACCUCUUCCCUUGCAAUGUCAUCUCCCAGACCCCGAGUGGAAGGUUUACUCUGGUGGUUCCACACCAGCACCAAAACUGCAGCUUCUCCAUCAUUUACCCAGUGGCAAUCAAAAUCUCUGACCUCACCCUGGGACAAUUGCACGGCCUUCAGGUAAAGAAACCUGCUGCUGGCUGUGGUGGAACUGGCGACUUCGUGGAGCUGCUGGGAGGAACUGGAUUGGACCCCUCUAAGAUGAUGCCUUUGGCGGACCUGUGCUACCCCUUUCACGGCCCUGCCCAGAUGAAAAUUAGCUGUGACAAUGCUGUGCUGCGCAUGGUCUCCAGCGGAAAACACAUCAACCGUGUGACAUUUGAGUAUCGUCAGCUGGAACCAUUCGAGCUAGAAACCUCGACUGGAAACAGCAUCCCAGAAUUCUGUUUGUCUAGCCUUUGAACAACUGGCUUUGGUGGUUGACAUGCUGCUAGCUGAGUUCCUGACGGUUAUUGUAUAUGAUCUACAUGGGCAGCAAGUGAAAAGCUUUUCAUGCCGGUCUUGAACACAGACACACAUGAACUCCAAUUUUGCUUCCUUUUGUUGUAAUGUGUCAAAGAACAGAAGCUUGACAACAGGUUGUUGUUGGAAAUGGCUGGCAGUUUUGGUGUGCUGCAAACAUGAACUGGUGAAACAAGAGUACAGCAAGUGGGAAAAACAUUUGGAUGGCAAGGGCAGAUGCCACAAACAGAGGAAAAGGAUGGCACCCACAGGUUCAUGACAGAGCAAGCAAAUGUCAAAGUCUUGUGUAUACCAAAGGAAUUGCAUCUGUUAUUUUUACUUCAUACUUCUGUUUACAAAUCGUAGCUAUUAGCUAUUAACUGGUAGUGCUUGUUUUUUUUUUUAAACAACACUUUGUGGCAUGGGAACAAAAAAACCCUUUCCAUUCAUAAAUCAAAAUGUGGAUAAAUAUAUGCAUCUUGGCAUCUUAAGCGUCUGAGGUAUUGGCUUUCCUGGGUGGUCCCUGCCUUUGUUACCUAAAGGAAACAAUGUUACCAUGCUGUGCAGACCCAAGCCAG